CGUUAGGCAAAGUAUGUUUAUCAAAUUUAUACUUAUGAUAAAAUAACUCUAUCUUGGGUGGGCAACCAGGAUAGGAAAAUGAAAUUUUAAAAAUACCUCCAGUGAAAAUCUAAUUUGUAUUAAGUGUUAAGUGAACAUAAAUGAGUGUAAAUGAUCAGAUGCUAAAGUUUCGAACAAAUCCGUUACAUGGCCAAAAUCUGAUUAUCCACCUUUAAGAGGAAACAAAAAGGAGGAAAUUAAAAAGAGGACGUCAAAAGGUUAAAAUGAUGAAAGUAAAAAGGGAAUUUCAUAAAGCACCAAACAAACAUAAAUACGCAGUUUCAACUUUUAAUAAGGAGAAUAAUACAUUGCUCACUUCAUAUCAAAAUAAAGAAUGUUUCAACAACCUGGCUAUAUUGAGAAUGUGUCAGAGAAACUGUCAGAGGUUCUUGCUGAUAUAGGAGUGGACGAGAGAAUUGUACUAAAGCGAAGAAGAUCAUGGCUACUGGGUGAAUCUGUAAUGAACAGAUCACUACAACUACAAGAUUUGAAAGUUACACACUAUUAUUUGGGCAGUCAGCCUGAGGGGACCACUACACUGGGACUCAGUUCAGACUAUGACUUACUUAUAUGUAAUAAUAACUAUAAUAUUAUACAAGAUUGGAAAGAUUGGCAACCUGGUAUGGUAAACCUCUUGAAGAUACAGGACGCAACAGUAUCACCUGGCUACUGUUUGCUACAACGUUUAAGAAAUGAUGCUCCUCUUCCAUGCAAUUUUGUACCUGAUGUAUAUUUUGUAAAAGACCGGACAGGGAGAAUACUAUUAUGGAAUGGAAAACCCUAUUUACUAGUAGCUUCUUUUUUAGGGGAAGGAGUACGACAUGGUCCAGCAUUUGCACAACAACGACGACCUGCAACUCCUGACAAUGAUUUUGUUCUUGCUUUCCACUGUAAAACAUGGCCUCUACAAGCUAGACAAUGGUUAGACCAGCAAGGUGUAGGUCAAUGGCCUUCAGAUGACAUGAGGAGAUAUUGUAGCAAUACUGGAUGUUUUGUUGUUGGAGUUGGAAGCAAGGGAAGUGAAAAUGAAGAGACUGAAUGGAGAAUAUCAACAUCUCUAGCAGAAAGGUGUUUGAUGUUAAAUCUAAAUAUCACACAGAUUCGGUGCUAUGUGCUGAUGAAGAUGAUAUUAAAAACUUACAUCAAGCCACAAUUUGAAGACACUAUUUCAAGCUACAUGUGUAAAACAGUGCUAUUUCACUGUAUUGCAAACAAAUAUUCCGACAUCUGGAGAGAAAAUAACUUAAUUAUUUGUUUAUCAUUACAAUUACUAGUCCUCCACAACUUCAUUUUACAUGAAAAUUGUCCGCAUUUUUUGUUACCUGAUAAUAACCUAAUGAGAGCGAAGAUUUCAACUGAAAUCAAACCUUCCAUACUUGACAUAUUACAGUAUGUUAUAAACAGUGAAGGGACAGCAUUACUGGGAAUUAAGUGUGAUGAUCUUGGUUCAAGGCUUCAGCUGAAGUUUAAUAAUUUAAGGUCAUUAAAAACAGGUAAUAUCAUUUCAGCGAUCUUAUUAAAAACAACUGCACAAUCUGUUUUUGUAAGCAUACAGCAUUGUGUAAUCAGAAACAAUGAUAAUGGAGCAACUAUCCGAAAUUUGCUGAAAUUCAUUUUUGAUCUAGUCAGUAGUUCUAAUCAAUGCCAAGGAUUUGACAGAACAGCUUGUAGACUUCUUGCACCAUGGUUCUGUACAACAUUGGGAUCUGUCCUGGCAUCCCUCAACAUUCAACAGUUCCAUGGGAUAUCACCAGAAGCUCUAACCUGGAUCUCACUGGGUCUGAACACAGAUGUUGCAUCUAGUAAACUGAAGUUAGCAUCCAUGUAUUUCUGUAUAGGGGAUUAUCACAGAACAGAAACUGCACUCAGAGAUAUUGAAGGAAAGUAUGACCAAAACAUCGUUCAGCCAGUUUGUAACUGUCAUUUUUCCCAGCAAGGUUAUAUAAAUGUAAGAGGAUUCAAUGAAAUAUCUGACACUCAUAUUGAAGAAGCUCUGCAGCAUACUGCAGCAUUCUGUGUCACAUUCCUGACAAGUGAAAUUAAACUGUAUUCCAGUUGAACUACAGUAUGAACUAUUCAGAUCUACACAAGAGGACCUUGCUUUCAGAGGUAUUUUGGACUUCUGGAUGGACUGUGCAGUGAUGGAUUCUCUGCCUUACCUGUACUUUCUACAACAUAAGACAUACAGCUAUCUUGGGAGACAAGAUGACAAGCAAAGAGCACUUUCCAACCUUAUCAGGACCAUUUACCAGGAACCAAACCUUGGUCACAGGGAAACAGCCCUAAAUCUACUUUGACAGUGUAUUGAACAAGAAGGCCAACCAACUGAUGCCUUACGUUGUUAUUUUUUAUCCCUGAAACUACGGCAAAGAAACAAUGUUGCCAAGAUCCAUAUAUGUAGGCUUCUAUCUACUCUGGUAAAUAGCCAAGCUCAGAACUGAUAAUUCCAGUGAAAUUUGAUCAAAAAAUGUGCUUCCUAAAUACAAGACCUACCGCUAUCUUGGCAGUCAGUACGAAAAGCAAAGAGCACUUUCCAACCUUAUCAGGACCAUUUACCAGGAACCAAACCUUGGACACAGGGAAACAGCCCUAAAUCUGCUUGGACAGUGUAUGGAACAAGAAGGCCAACCAACUGAUGCCUUACGUUGUUAUUUUUUAUCCCUGAAACUACGGCAAAGAAACAAUGUUGCCAAGAUCCGUAUAUGUAGGCUUCUAUCUACUCUGGUAAAUAGCCAAGCUCAGAACUGAUCAUUCCAGUGAAAUUUGAUAAAAAAAUGUGCUUCCUAAAUACAAGAACUACCGCUAUCUUGGCAGUCAGUACGAAAAGCAAAGAGCACUUUCCAACCUUAUCAGGACCACUGACCAAGAACCAAACCUUGGACACAGGGAAACAGCUGUGAAUCUACUUAACAAUGUAUGGAACAAGAGAAAAGACCUACAGCUGCUUAUCCUUAGAACUAAGGGGAAGAAACAAUGUUUCCAAGAUCCAUUUAUGUAGGCUUCUAUCUGCUAUGGGAAGACAGUAAAGUCAAACAUGUA